AUGAGCUACGUCACGAAUGCCACCGACUGGUUGUCUGAUUCUAUCACUUACCAGGCCAAAAGCCUCAUCGCUACUUUCUAUGAGCUCGCGGAUUCCAAAGUUGAGGAUGCAGGAGAUCGACUAGCCACCGAGGUAUUCUCGAAUCAAGCAACCUUCAUCAGUCCUAGCGGGACAUUUAAUGGAACUGCAGAAAUAUCAAAAUGCAGAGAGGGUGCAUGGUCCUCAGUGACGUCAAGGAGGCACAGUAUCUCGAAAGGGUUUGCGGCAACCCAACGCAUGGGCACGAGCAGUAAGACUGAACUGGUCUUGCUUGGAUCGGUCCAUAUGGAGUUGGUGAACGGGAAGAGCUUCGACUCGCCGUUUGCUGCUCACAUUAUCAUGGGCUCCUCAACUCAGCGCUUAACCGAGCCUCGUAUCGACUUUCUUGAGGUGUUUUCUGAAAAAUCACCGCCAGCGGCGAUUCUGAGUACGGAAUAG